GACUGCAUUGUUGUAAUGUUGUGCUUGUUAUUGACAUCUAAUAAGGAUUGUAGGAACUCCGGCCUAUUCUUUACAUUUUUCCAGCUCUCUCGCCUCGUGCUUUUGUAACUUAUUAAACACACAUCCACUCUUUUCAUAAGAAAAUACCAACCAUGUCUGCCAUGAGGGGUUUGACGGUGUUCAUCGCCGACAUUCGUAAUUGUCGAGUGCGUGAACUCGAAGAGAAGCGCAUCAACAAAGAGAUGGCCAACAUUCGUUCUAAAUUCAAGGAAACGAAUUUGAAUGGUUAUCAGAAAAAGAAAUACGUCUGCAAGCUGUUGUACAUGUAUAUUCUUGGAUGGGAUAUCGAUUUUGGCCAUCUGGAAGCUGUCAAUCUUAUUUCGAGUACGAAAUACAGCGAAAAGCAAAUUGGUUAUUUGGCAGUAACAUUACUAUUUCACGAAAACAGCGAUUUGGUCCGCUUGGUGGUGAACUCUACCAAGAAGGAUUUAGACGAUAUGAAUGAAAUCAACAACUGUUUAGCUCUUCAUGCGAUUGCGAAUAUUGGUGGUCGAGAAAUGGCCGAAUCGUUGGCCCCGGAUGUUCAUCGAUUGCUUAUUUCACCAACGUCCAAGAGCUUUGUGAAGAAGAAGGCUGCUUUGACCCUGUUGCGUUUGUAUCGAAAGCAUCCAGAUGUGAUGCCGGUCACCGAUUGGGCCGAACGCAUUAUAUCACUGAUGGAAGAUUAUGAUUUGGGUGUAGCGCUAUCGGUUACAACCUUGGUGUUGGCACUUGCACAAAGCCAUCCCAUGGAAUAUGCUGGAUGCUACGAAAAGGCCGUGCACAGACUCAGACGGAUUUUAAUCGACAGAGAUUAUAGCUUGGAUUACAUUUAUUACAAGGUGCCUACACCUUGGUUACAAGUCAAAUGCUUGCGUCUGUUGCAAUAUUAUCCUCCUCCUGAGGACGUCAAGCUACGAUCGGAUAUCAGUGAAUUGCUUCAAAUCAUCCUAGCCAAUUCCCAAGAUGCACCCAAAAACGUACAACACAGCAACGCACAAAAUGCCGUUCUUUUCGAAGCAAUUAAUCUCGCCAUCCACCUCGACAGCAACUCCACCAUCUGCGCCCAAGCUGCACAGCUUCUCGGCCGCUUUAUUUCGAGCAAAGAGACAAACGUGCGUUACCUUGGAUUAGAAACAAUGGCUCAUCUGGCAGCAUGUGUCGACUCGCUCGAACCCAUUAAACGGCACCAAGAAACCAUCAUGAUGUCCUUGCGCGAUAAGGAUAUCAGCGUACGCAGACGUGGUCUUGACUUGCUCUAUUCCAUGUGCGACAUGUCAAACGCCAAAGUCGUUGUGUCUGAACUCUUGCGCUAUCUCCAAGUGGCCGAUUAUGCCAUGCGUGAAGAAAUGGUGCUCAAGAUUGCCAUUCUUGCCGAAAAGUUUGCUACUGCUUACUCGUGGUACGUCGAUAUUAUCCUGCAAUUGAUCUCCACUGCAGGCGAACAAGUCGGUGAAGAAGUAUGGUACCGUGUCGUUCAAAUUGUUACCAAUAACGAAGAAUUGCAAGAAUAUGCUGCCAAGACCGUUUUGAAUUAUCUUGGUUCGCCACAAUACAAUGAAACCAUGCUCAAGGUCGGCGGCUAUAUUUUGGGCGAGUUUGGUCAUUUGAUUGCCAAUUAUCCCGGUUGUAGUCCCAUCGAACAGUUCCAAGCCAUCCAUGCCAAAUUCAACUUGUGCUCCCUUAAUACCCGCGCAUUGCUGCUGACGACCUAUGUCAAGUUUGUCAACUUGUUCCCUGAAAUCAAGGGCCAGGUUUUGACCGUCUUUAACCAGUAUCGCUAUGUGCUCGAUUCAGAAUUGCAGCAACGUGCCUGUGAAUACCUUGCCGUGUCGACCAUGCCGACGGAUGAUAUGCUCCAGACGGUCUGUGAGGAAAUGCCACCGUUCCCUGAACGUGAAUCUACGCUACUUUUGAAGCUGAACCAAAAGAUUGGUGAUACCGAGGACAAGCGUGUGUGGUUUAUUGGUGGCAAGGAAGCCAAUGUGGAACGACAAGAAGGGUUGAAGCGUAUGGCAUCGUUACGCAUGAACUCGACCGAAUCAGCAGCAUCACAGUCGUCGCCUACUACGCCACAAGCUGCAACGCCAACAGCAACGCCAACAGCAACAGCACAACAACAAGCACCUCAGCAGCAAUCACAAACAGCCGUCGAUUUACUAGCGUUUGAUGAUCUUUCUAUCAGCAAUAACAACACCCAACAAGAACCUGCACCAUCGCCGAAUGACGUUCCUUUGGCACCAGGCUACGAGCUCGGCUUUAACCGUUCACAGUACACAUCAGAAGGCGUUCUUUACGAAGACUCGCAGAUCCAACUUUCUAUCAAAUCCGAAUACCACGGCGCUCAUGGUCGUCUAGCACUCUAUCUGGCCAACAAAGCCAUGAUGCCACUUUCGAACCUUCGUAUACAUGCCCCAUCGACAGAGAAAGUAACGGUGCAACUGACGGGCGACUCACCCAAAGAAAUUAGUGUGGGUGGACAAGCCUGUCAGCUUCUGCAGGUCGAAUGUCAGGACAUGUUCACCGAUGCACCCUCUCUGCUUGUUCAAUACAAUACCAGCGUCUUGCAUAUCAAAUUACCGGUUGUUCUUACCAAAUUCCAAGAGCCAAUCACGACCAUGGAUGGUGCCAGCUUCUUUAAACGAUGGAACCAGAUAGGUGGCCCACCACGUGAAAAUCAAGUCAUUAUCACUGCUCAAAUCCCCAUCAACCUGGAUUCCGUGCGCAACAUGUUGCAGGGAUUCAAAUUUGGCUUGUUGAUCGGUGUGGAUCCUAAUCCAAACAAUUUUGUCGGUGCUGGUGUGAUUGAUAUGGGCAAGGGCGCUGGUAAGGUUGGCGUCCUGUUACGAGUGGAACCAAACCUUGAACAGAAUAUGUACCGUUUAACGGUCAGAACACCGAGCGAAACCAUAUCCGAAGAGCUGCGAACGUUGUUGGAGCGACCGCUUACCUUUGGUGCUUAAUAGAUUUCUUAUACUUUCGUAAAAAAGACUCUUAAUCGUUACUUAUCUUUCUCUUUUUUCCUCGUACACUCUUUACCUGCUUACAUUUCCUCAUCACGCACACUUUCUUUUUCUUCGCUUCCAUUUAAUUUGUAUCAAUAAAAAACAACAAGUUAGCAACU